ACAUAUCCGAUGUUUUAGAAAGCGACUGCUGUGUGAACCGUCAGGUCGCAUUAAAUCCGUCUUUUACGUCACUGACACGAGACAGACGCCAAUUAUCAGCGCCGGAGAAGACAAACCAAAAAAGCAUGGCGGCGGAAACUGGAGACGGAGCGAGUCAAUGGACCGAAACUGAGGUUGCGGAAUUGAUUAGCAUAUGGGGAGACAAUUCUAUCCAAGCUAAACUUGAAGGGUUGUAUCGUAACCGGGCUGUGUUCGAGUGCAUUGCCAAAGAAAUGAUUGAACGAGGGCACAGGCGAACAUGGCUACAGUGUCAGAGGAAAAUCAAGAGCCUCAGAGCCAAGUUUAAAGAAGCUAAAGAUAUAAACAAACGAACCGGACGUGGUCGAGUCACCUGCCCGUUUUAUGAUGAGCUUGACCGUAUUUUGGGGGACAAACCCAGCUGUCAGCCAAUAGAGCUGAUCGAUAGCUCCAUUGAAACAGCUGAAGAGGAGCCUGAAAGUCCAAGGGCUAGCGCUAGUCCAGGGGCUAGCGCCAGUCCAGCUCCCAGCCUCAACAGUGAAAAAGGCGCCUGUACACUGGGUGAGGAUACUCCUGUGUCACUGACAUUUGAUUCUGCAUCAGACGAAAGUUCUUCAUCUGCAGUGAGUGCAGAUAAUUCCAUAAAGAAGAAUGCACAAACCCGAAGUAAAUAACCCAUAUAUUAAAUAGAACAUUGUUGUUGCAAACUUUUCAUCAUCCCAUUAGAAUAAAAACGUUUUUUCAAAGUAAAGUGUCAUGUUGAGACCUCACAAGGCAAACUAAUGAGUUAAAUUUUACUCUAGAUGCCUAAGCAUGGAUAAAGCACACAUAUCUUUUAAUUAAUACUACUCAUUUUGUCAAUGAGAGGGAAGGGUGAGAUUGUAAUGUAAGACAUACUGUAGAUUGUACAAUGUUUUUUAAAUAAAAACCAUGAUUUGACUCAAAUGAUCAAAUACCCCACAGUCUUAAUUUCUGACCUGUACUGUUAUGGUGAUGUUCUAAUUUCUCCAAGGUGUGUACCAGAACUACAUAUGCCAACAACCACCUUUCUACCAGCAGGUAGUACAGGCUCCACAUCUUUACUGCCCAACACAGUCUUCACUCAUCCAUUCCACUCCAUACCCCAUGGCUUCAACUCAGUCUCCACCAUUUGAGAUGUCCAAUCAGUCUCUGUCUUUCCAACAAGAUUUAGCUCAACCUCUUCCUUUUGGUAAUGCCCUUCCACCAUCUCACAAUCUGGGUCAGCCCUUUAGACCAGAACGACCAAACCCUCGAGACCAGGCUCAGCAUGCAUCCUUUAACCAGGCCUUUACGUCAUCCUACCCUCCUCCAGAUGAACAGUGUUAAGGUUCAGAUAUU